UGCCGAGUCGCCAGUCGCCGCAAAUCCGCUAAUUGUGACCCAUUCGCGAGCUCGUGUCCGUGCUCAAGACCCGCGAUCCGUGAAAUCGAACUAGUUUUACGUUUUCUCAGUUCUACUGCACCACAUGGACAGCUAGAACGCAACACAAUAACUGUGAUACUUAUAAUAUAAAUACAUAUAUACGGUCUUUAAAUAAUCCCAGCUUCGACUCAAUCACAUCUACAUAUAAGAUGCAUUCGGUUCUAUUGAUACUCCUCGCCAUCUCCCUGGGCGCCUGGUCGGCCACAGUGCAGCCGCCGCCUGUGAUACAAACUCUGAGCACAGCGGGCAGCAACGGCAUUGGGCCCGAGUUCCAGGUCACCGAGAAGCAGGAUCCCGCCUCGGAAGAUGCACAAUUCUGGCGGCAAGUGGGCCUAAAGCAGCUGAGCAAAACUAUUGAGAAGGCGAAGCGGGCCAAGGACAGCUCGUAUCAGCACAAGGCCAAGAACAUUAUCAUCUUCAUUGGCGACGGCAUGGGCCUGUCCACAAUCAGUGCCGGUCGCAUCUACAAGGGACAGUAUCUGAAGCAUGGCCAUGGCGAGGAGGAAAUGCUGUCCUUUGACGAGUUCCCCUUCACAGGCUUAGCCAAGACUUACAACGUGGACAAACAGGUGCCGGACUCGGCGGGCACAGCCACGGCCAUAUUCACUGGCGUCAAGACCGACUACGGAGCCAUUGGCAUGGAUUCGACGCGCUCAACGACGAACGCCAGCCAGGGUCGACUGGACUCCAUCAUGGACUGGGCACAGCGCGAGGGCAAGCGCACCGGCGUCGUGACUACCACACGUAUAACACACGCCACUCCUGCGGCCACCUAUGCAAGGAUCUACCAUCGGGACUGGGAGUGCGACACGGAGGUGCCGCAGGAGUCAGUGGGCAUCCAUGCGGACAUCGCGCGCCAGCUGGUGGAGAAUGCGCCCGGCAACAAACUGAACGUGGUGCUAGGCGGCGGCUUGUCGCCCAUGGGCGCGUUCAACGAGUCGGAGGUGAAGACCGUCCAGUUCGAGGGCGGCACCGAGACCAUUUGCAAGCGCGGCGAUGAUCGCAAUCUGGCCACGGAGUGGCUGCAGCAACAUGCCAAUGACAGCAAAGAGGCGAAGCUGGUAUACACGCGCGAGCAGCUGCUCCAGGUGGAUGUGAAGGAGGUGGAUCAUCUGAUGGGUCUGUUCCGCAACAAUCACAUCACCUACUCCAUUGCCCGCGAGGAGGGCGAGCCCUCGCUGCAGGACAUGACAGAGGCGGCGAUCGGAGUGCUGGAGCGUGGCGACGAGUCGAAGGGCUAUGUGCUGCUGGUCGAGGGCGGGCGCAUUGACCAGGGUCAUCAUCAGAACUAUGCUCGCGCUGCCUUGCACGAGGUCUACGAACUGGAUCUGGCCGUGCAGGCGGCACUGAAGAUGACCAAUUCGGAUGAGACGCUGAUUAUAGUGACGGCGGAUCAUUCGCAUGCUGUCACAUUUAAUGGCUAUCCGGAGCGUGGCGCUGAUAUAUUGGGUGCUGCGAACUUGCACAAGCCCAAGGAUCCCAUGGUGUAUGAGACCAUCACCUAUGCGAAUGGACCCGGCUACUUUGACCACUUGGCCAAUGAGACAAAGCCCGCGAACAGCUCCAAUGUGUGGCGGCCACUCAAGAUGUACACCAAGGAGCAAAUGGAAUCGCCCACAUACCGCCACAUGGCCACGCUGGCGUUGAAGGAUGAGACGCACGGCGGCGAGGAUGUGAUUGUCUUUGCCAGCGGUCCAGGCUCUAGUCUGGUGCGCGGUGUCUUCGAGCAGAACUACUUGGCCUAUGUGAUGAGCUAUGCCGGCUGCAUGGGUCCAGUGAAGAGUUUCGAUGAAUCGUGCCAGCGCCAUCUGUCGGCCGUCGGCGACAACAAGAGUGAAAGUAGUGCCGCUGCGCUGAGACUCACGCUGCUGCCGCUACUCGCCGCUUGGCUGAUCGCGCAGCUGCUGUAAUCCUUAUUUACACACACACAUGUAUAUAUAUCUGUGCCCGUGUGUGUUUUGUUGAGCUAUGUAGUAUUUACGGGUUUGUAGUUAACUUCAUCAAAACGUUAGUAAAGUA